AUGCUCAGCGGCAUCAAGAAUGAGAAGAUGAAGAAAAAAGCCAAGCUACUUGCCGACGCCGCCACCACCGGGAAGAAGGUGAGAAAGAUGUCCGCCAAGCUCACAGCCCCGAACGAGGACACCGCUUGCUCGGACUACUAUGCGAAGGCCGGACUCUCAAGCUCACUCGGCGCGUGCAUCGCGACGGUGGCAUCCAGGCGCCGAGGCCGUGCGCUCGCGGCGACGACGUACGAUGUCUCGGUGUUUUUCAGCGACGCCGAGGUCGACGACUCGACGCUGACAGCCGCAACAAACGCCUUAAAGGCGGAAGGCAUUUCCGUCGAGGUGAACGAUGUUGAUCCCAUUGUCGAGCUCGGCACGAUCGAAGGUGUGGACUCGAGCACACUGGAGACAUUCAAGGCACAGGCGACCGCUGCUGCAGCGACGAUGCCCCCGUCGCCGCCUCCACCCCCCGUCUCUUCGCCGCCACCGCCGCCUCCGCCGCCAGACCUCAUCAAAG